AUGGUCAUAACCAUAGAAGUAGAAAGCUUUGCAGUCAAAAAAGUACUCAUCGACCAAGGAAGCUCCGUAGAUAUCUUAUAUUGGAAAACUUUCAACAAGCUGCAAAUACCACCAGCCGACCUCACCCCCCAUGAUGAACCCAUAUACGGAUUUUCAGGCGAAAGGGUCCCAACCAAGGGAUACAUCGACCUCCAUACCACCUUUGGAGAAGGAAGACAAACAAAGACCAUACCCAUCCGCUACCUGGUCGUGGAGGCCCAUACAUCCUACAACGUACUUUUGGGAAGACCAUCCAUAAAUGCCUUAGGAGCCAUCGUGUCCACCCCGCACCUCGCCAUGAAAUUCCCAUCCCCGCAAGGCGAUAUAAUCACGAUACACGGCGACCAGCGCGCCGCAAGGGAAUGUUAUAUGGCAAGCCUAAAACUCCCCCACCCACCCUUGGCAACCCACAACAUCGAGCAUUCCAAAACAGGAGCAACCUUAGCAGGAGACGACCUAGAUCCCAGAAUGACCUCCGAAGCCAGAGUCGAGCCUGUCGGGGGCAUACGACAACUCCCCCUAGAGCAGCCAAACCAAUUCCUCCAAAUAGGCACCACCAUCCCUGAAAAUGAAGCACAUCACAUCGAACACAUCCUCAAAAAGAACGCCGACCUCUUCGCUUGGUCCGCAGCAGAUCUCCCUGGCGUACACCCCAAGGUGGCCUCCCACCGGUUGUCUGUCUUCCCUAACGCCAAACCUGUCUCCCAGAAAAAGAGGAAGCUCAGCGAAGGCAGGAGGCAAGCAGCAAUUGAAGAAGCUAAAAAACUAAAGCAAGCUGGCUUCAUCGGCGAAGCGCAGUACACAACCUGGCUAGCAAAUGUGGUGCUCGUGAAGAAACCCAACAGUAAGUGGCGGAUGUGCGUCGACUACACAGACCUCAACAAAGCAUGCCCGCGAGACGCAUACCCACUCCCCAGCAUUGACAGACUCGUCGAUGGGGCCGCAGGGCACGCAGUACUUAGUUUCCUUGAUGCCUAUUCUGGCUACAACCAGAUACCCAUGGCUGAUAAAGACAAGCUUAAAACUGCUUUCAUCACAGAAGAGGCCAACCUUUUCUAUAAGGUUAUGCCCUUUGGCCUGAAAAACGCCGGGGCGACAUACCAACGCCUUAUGGAUAGGGUCUUUCAGCCAUUCCUCGGACGGACGGUGGAGGUCUACGUUGACGAUAUCAUCGUAAAAUCCCCCAACCCCAAGCAGCACUCCACAGACUUGGCCGAAGUCUUCAAAGCCCUGCGCACAUAUAACAUCAGAUUCAACCCCGAGAAAUGCACCUUCGGAGUUGACGGUGGCAAAUUCCUCGGUUUCAUGCUCACCCAGCGAGGGAUCGAGGCAAACCCUGAAAAAUGUCAAGCAAUAAUCGACAUGAGAAGUCCCACAAAUAUCAAAGAGGUGCAACGCCUGGUUGGCAGGUUAACCGCCAUCUCACGAUUCCUCCCCAAGUUGGCCGAUCAAACCAAACCAAUGAUCAAAUUGCUAAAAAAGUCCGCCCGGUUCGUCUGGGAUGAAACCUGCGAACAUAACUUCACCACUUUGAAACAGCUGCUCACCACACCCCCAAUUCUCACCAAACCAGACCUCAACCUACCCCUUAUAAUGUACAUAGCAACAUCCGCGAGCGCACUCAGCUCCGCCCUCGUCCAAGAGAAAGACAACACCCAACAACCCAUUUAUUUCACCAGCCGGAUCCUCCAAGACACGGAAACACGGUACCAGAUGAUAGAAAAGGUAGCCCUUGCACUGGUAACUGCCGCACGACGACUGCGCCCGUACUUCCAAUCCCACACAGUAAUCGUCAGAACCGACCACCCUGUGCAGAAAAUCCUUCAGAAGCCGGAUCUGGCAGGACGACUAUCGUCGUGGGCCAUCGAGUUAUCAGAAUUCAACAUCCAAUAUGAGCCACACGGACCCAUAAAAGCACAAUGCUUGGCAGACUUCACCAAUGACCUUCAAAACCAACCACCCACCCCAGACCUUUGGUGGACCAUGCAUGUAGACGGCUCUUCGAAUCCCCAAGGUGCCGGCGCCGGAAUAGUAUUGGAAGGCCCCGGCGACAUCGUUAUUGAACAAUCCCUGCGCUUCAAUUUCAAAACCUCGAACAAUCAGGCAGAGUACGAAGCUAUAAUAGCCGGCCUCAAUCUAGCGCGCGACGUUGGCGCUAGGAAACUACUCUGCAAAACAGACUCCAAGCUCACAGUGGGGCACCUCAACGGCGACUAUCAAGUCAAAGACACCAUGCUCUUGCAAUACUACCACACGGUAACCGCCCUAGUUGAACACUUCGAGGCCUUCAGAAUUGAACAUGUCCCUCGAUGCAACAAUACCAGAGCCGACAUCCUCUCCAAGCUCGCUAGCACUAAGAAGAAGGGACAAUACAAGUCACUGUUGCAGCACACCCUGAGCAUCCCCUCCAUCGAACAGAAUAACCAAUGCCUCAGCGUUACCACAGCCGGCACCUGGAUGGAACCUCUUGUCAGGUACCUAAUAGAAGGGACGACCCCAGCAAACGAAGACAAAGGGUGGGCCCGAAAAGCGGCACGCUAUACUUUAGUCGAAGGUGAAUUGUUCAGAAGGGGCUUCAGCAGACCCCUGCUCAAGUGCAUCACACGUCAACAGGCCAAAUAUGUCAUGCAAGAAAUACACCAAGGAGUUUGUGGCUAUCACUCAGGCCCCAAAACCAUAGCGGCCAGGAUAUUGCGAGCCGGCUACUACUGGCCAACAAUGGAGGGAGAUUGCACCGCGCACACUAACAAAUGUAUCCAGUGUCAAAAGCACGGCCCCGUAACACGCAUACCCCAGGAAGAGCUCCACCAGGUAUCCUCACCAUGGCCCUUCUCCAAGUGGGGAAUGGACAUAGUCGGACCCUUCGCACCAGGCAAAGGUCAAGUGAAGUUCCUACUUGUCGCAGUGGAUUACUUCUCCAAGUGGAUCGAAGCUGAACCCCUCGCCACUAUAACCGCCAACCAGGUGCAGCGGUUCGUCUGGAAGAACAUCAUCUGCCGUUACGGUAUCCCUCACACCAUCAUAACUGAUAACGGCCGCCAAUUCAUAGACAAAAGCCUCGGCGAGUUCUAUCGUAACUUGAAAAUCACACACAUCACCAGUUCCGUCGAGCACCCCCAAACAAACGGCCAAGCAGAAGCUGCCAACAAGGUCAUCCUCGGCCAUCUUAAGAAACGACUGGACGGAGCAAAGGGGAAGUGGCCGGACGAGCUUCUCGAAGUACUUUGGGCAUACAGAUGCACACCCCAGUCAUCAACCCACGAAGCACCAUACACCCUCGUCUACGGGACCGACGCCAUGAUUCCCGUAGAAAUCGGCCAACCUUCCCUCCGCCAGUCACACCACAACCCACAAUCCAACAACGCUUGUAUGAACACCCAUCUCGACCUCCUGUACGAAAAGCGGGAAAAAGCACGUAUCCAAGACCUUGCAGCAAAGCUUAGAGCCGCUCGAAGAUACAACUCCAAACUCAAGUCGCGCUCUCUCCAUAAGGGCGACUUAGUCUGGAGGAUGGCGGCCAGUAAAGCACGGAAACACGAGGGAAAAUUUUCACCAAACUGGGACGGUCCUUUCCGUGUACUAGAAAAUGUCGGCAAAGGCGCAUAUCGUCUCGAGGAGCUUUCCGGGAAGCCACUGCCCAGCACUUGGAAUAUUUCUCAUUUAAAGUUUUACUUUAGUUAG